UUGCACUGCACUGGCAGAGAUUUGUAGGCAGAAGCAUCAACAAGCAAUACUUCACUGUAUAAUUUCAGUUUAUUCAACAGCCAACUUGGAGAACAGAACAAGUAGAAAUACCAUGCUCAUAGGUUACUUUCACUGGAGGUAAAGAUAUAGGAAGGGGAGAAGAGGUGAAGGGACAGAGCGGCACAUCCCCAGAUGGACUAGGAGGGAUUACAUCAUUCAGGAGAGGGAUGGGACUUUAAUUCCCAAGAAAGACUGAAAAGAGUUCAGGCGGACACCCUUUCAGUGUCAUCAGCAUCCUGAUUCAGGAGCACGGUUGAUGUGCAUCUAGAGAGGCAGUGGUCCUGGCUCAUGCUGAUGGUGGAGUAUGGAAGGAAAAAAAAGCCUAGGAUGAGGAGCACGCCAUGGUUCUACUGGAGGUGAUGGAGGAAUGGACAUAAACGCUUUCUCAGUCAAUAAUAUUUUGCCAUUUUUUACUGAGUACCUAUGGUGGUUGGUGGCAUAAUAAGCAAGGAUUUCCUGCUGCUCACCGGAAAGACAUCUUUUUAAAAACAGGGGCAGGGACGUGCGAGCCCUCCUAUGAAACAGAAGGAGAAAGAGGGGAGGAGGGUUUUAGAGUGGGUGUCACACUACAACAUACCUAACACAAACAGACCAAAGCUGAUUUACGGGGAUUACUUGCAAAAAUUUCAUUUAGAAUCUAGGCUUAUCCAUAAUUUCAUCAAAAAAAGUAAUCUCUUGUUUAUUACCGCCUCCAUCUUGUCUACAACUUGAGGUUUUAGUCAAGGAGUCUCCGUAAUGAGAGGCAGGGCCAGGCCAGCAGCUCUUAAUCUGGGAGGGCAAGGAUCUGAACCUAGGUCACUGGACAGUGUGCAUUACUGAUGCCCUGGAACGCCUCCUCACCAACAUCCACCGACAGAUGGAAGGGGGCGUCAUGUGACCCGGGCCAGAAUCAUGACCCAGACCUCAAGAACAGCAGAACCCAACAACAUCCUGUGGAGGCCGCGCUGGUGGAGCUUUGUUUUAAGCAACGAAUGAAAUCGGCCGUUGCAAAAGUCUGGACUCUAUACUUGUAAUUAGCACAUUCAAUCAGUUGAAGCAAAGCUUGUAAUUGAUUAAUAUUUGUUGAAUUAGCAACACUAACUACAGAUAUUAGCUAGCUUAACUCGGUGGCUGAGAAGAUGUUGCGGUCCAGGAAUGGUUGGCCACACCGUCGCCAUGGUGACCCUUGACAGGAUCAAAGAGUAAAGCUCUGCAGACAGCAUAUGCCCUCACACCCUGCUGCCUCCCCCCAUGUAGGACCACCCUGCACGCUAUUCCUCCCUGUGUGUUCAUGUCUCUGCUCCAUCUGUCUCGAGGCCACAUGUGUUAGAAUUUAACCUAUUCUUAUCCCCUCCUCCUCUCCCGUCACACUCUUGACCCUCCUGGCUUUUAAUCCCUACUGCCUCCAACGUGAACUGUUAUAUCAUCUCGGUGCCCUCAUAUCAUCUCUGCAACUUCUUAUUUUGUUUAGAGCCAGCCUGCUUACACAGCGUAAUCUCAUCACAUCCGCAUCCCCCCCCCUGCUCUCCUAGCUGGAGUAUUAGACCCUCAUUUAUUUCUGUCUUUCCCCUUUUGCCCCAACCCUUCAUUCUGCCCCCCCCCCCUUGCCAACCGCCUGGCCCCCUAACCCCCGCGGGGCGCGGCCAUGCUAGAGGGCAUGUCACGUCGCUCCCGCUCCCUGCUGUCCCUGUCCCUGACCACCCUGGCUCUGGUGUUCUCCAUCCUGGCCCUCUGCACCUCCUACUGGGCCGAGGGCACCCACAAGGUGGUGAAGCCCCUCUGCCUGUCGCCUGUCAAGAUGAAGAACUGCGGCCAGAACAACAGUGAGGCGUACACCACAGAGAGCCCCACCCAGAACCCCUUCAACCGCACCAUGUCCCCGGCACGGAGGGAUGAGCUGUCCAAGAUCAGGCAGAGGCAGCUGGCCAACGCUGUGCACUACAUCUGGGAAACGGGCGAGGACAAGUACGCCUUCAGAUACUUCCACACAGGCUUCUGGGAGAGCUGUGAGAAACACAGCGAUGGAGAGAAGUGCCGUAGCUUCAUAGAGUUAACUCCCGGGGAAACACAAGGUGUGCUGUGGCUUUCGGUCAUCUCAGAGUUCACCUACAUCGGCCUGCUGGGGAUGGGCUUCCUGCUGAUGUGGCUGGAGCUGCUGUGCUCGCACAAGGAGAUGCAUGCACUCAAGAUCAACGCCUACGCAGCCAUUUGUACCGUGCUCUCAGGUCUGAUGGGGAUGGUGGCUCACAUGAUGUUCACCACGGUGUUCCAGAUGACCGUCAUCGUGGGCCCCAAGGACUGGAGGCCCCAGACCUGGGACUACGGCUGGUCGUUUGCUCUGGCGUGGGUGUCCUUCAGCUGCUGCAUGGGUGCGGCGGUGGUCACGCUGAACUCCUACACCAAGACCAUCAUCGAGAUGCGGCGUCGACAGCGCCUCCGCCUGGAGGAGGCCCGAGCGGUGGCCUGCGCGCCCGCCUACGAUGAGGUGGUCCCCGGGGGCGGGCUCUAUUCGGUCAGUGGCCUGCUGCAGUGUCCCGGGGGGAUGAUGGACGUGGCCUGGGCCCCCGACGGCAGCGUGGUGGGGGUGGGCAACGGGGACGCCAUGCCCACCCUGGUGCUGGUGGGCGGCUGCGGGACCGAGGGGUGCGAGGACUGCGAGAGGGAGAUGGAUAUGAUGGAGGGGGCCGACAUGGACAGGGUGGAUUCGCCCUGUUAGCAGACGGAUCACUCAUGGUUUUUGCAGAGCGGAGAAUGACUGGUAGCAGGAACGCACGGCAGAUGGUGCUACAGAUAAACUUGGGUUUUCCAUGAGGAUGUUCUCUCUGCUACGUUUGGCUUUGUUUUUCACGUGGACGGAAGCUGACCAAAUCCAAGCACAUCAACAUGUGUAAUCUUCUGUACAUAGGGGGGUCACACGCAUCGCUUGCAUUACUCAGAGUUAUUCAUUGGUGCCAAAUACUGGUAGAGAAGAUCAGGUCUCUCUCUAUGGCGGUAUAUGCUAAGUUGAUGAUAUAUUAUUUAAAUGUGGCGCUUGUGGUAUAUGCUUGGCUCACAUUGGACUUCUUGGAUAGAAUUGACUUCCUAACAAAAGAGCAGAAGACAAUGUACUUUUGAAUUACUUUCAAUUCAUGUCAAUCAUUCAAUCUCUUCUAGGAGACAUUCAUGGUUUGUUAUGGCCCUAUUUCUGUUUUCAUUAAUUUGUAAUAAACAGGGCAGUGCGUUUUUGUA